AUGAGUCUCACCCACUACAGCUCAGCAGACGACGACGAAGACUACACCUCCAGCGACACAGACCACCUCUUCAUGAAAGAAUCUCCCCGUCGCUGCAGCACCGGCACUGCAAGUCCCCCUCGCAACAACAGUAAUAGCNGACAACCAACCCAUUCCACCACCAAAAACACGCACUCUAAGUCGCUCAACUCCAAUCUGUGUCUGUNNCGCAACCCUUCAGCCAUCGCUUCUGCCGCUUCCUCUGCUGCAGCAUUCAGCCCCGUGGAACCAGCCAUCUGGAAUGAAUUGCGCCGACUCUUCCACGCUGGAGAUCCACGCAAGCAAUUCGAUAUUCUGCGGAGAAGCACGCCAGUGACUGACGAACAAGGCAAUGGGUUUGUGCUCGUGGAAGCGAGGGUGCAAGCGAAAGAUGGGACCAUGGUUGCCAAAGGCGAGCCGUGUACAGAUAACGUGCUCUCAUUGAGAAGUCUACGCAAUGCCUUGAUUGAGACAAAGGGGGAGAAGCAUUUGCCGGUUGAAUGUGGUGAGGAGAUCAUCGCGGGUAGAAUCGAAGAGUUUGAAAAGGUGUGUUCGGCUUGUGGGUUGCCGCGGUACUGA